UGGUGUAAUAUUAUUGUUAGAACUGAUAAUAUAUUGUUUCGGAAACAGGCAUAAAUCUAAAUACUAUGUCGAUGAAGCAAAGUGUAAAAUGCCAAUUUAUCAGCAGUCCAUAAAAUUGAAAUAUCAAUGAUGCAAUUUAGACCUCAAACAAUCGCAUUAAAAGCUGUGACACAAUGCUAUCCAAAGCCAGCAAGUGAGAGCGAGAAAACAAUUUUAAAAUGGAAUUGAAUAAAAAGAAAUUCACUUUGAAUCAAUUGGAGAUAAAAGUGGAUAAGAAAGAAGACUGAAACUUUUUAUUUUAGCGUCAACUAAGGAAGAUUAUUCUUUGAA